ACGACGACGCAAACCCAAAACGUGUGCUGCGCUUUUCAAUCCACCGCACCCAGCCCUGCCUCCCCCGAUCGAUCGGUUGUCAACGCUUAUCAAUCGGGAGUACAUAUAUAUCUGCCGUGCACCACCUACCGUGCAACACCACUUUCUUCCCUGGCUAGUUCGCUUUCUCCCUCCCAAAGUACUCCAGUAUUCUUUUCUUCUCACAGAGAGAAAGAAAAGACAGGCCGAGAUGAAGCUCGUGUGGUGCCCGGAGACCGCGUCCCAGGCCUUCAUCGCCGGCGUCAGCGCCCUGUCAGAAUCCGAGCACAGCCCCGCGGGGUCGGCGGGCGUUGCCGAGCUCGUCUCCGCCAUGGCCGGGGGAUGGAACGCGCAGCUCGUCGUCGAGGCGCCGGAGCUCUCGGCUCCCGACUCGGCCUCCACGAGCCUCGCCCUCGCCGCCGCCGCCGGGCGCACAGGAGGUCGCUACGCGCGCGUGCUCCCGGACAAGGACGCGGACCGAGCCAUGGCGGAGCUGGCGGGCGUGGACUUCUUGGUUGUCGACGCGCGGAGGCGGGACGCCACGGCCGUGCUGGCGGCGGCCAGGCCUGGGCCGAGAGGGAUGGUGGUAGUGCGCCACGGCGACGGGAGGCGGCGUGGCACGAAGGCGCUCGAAGCGUCCAUGGCGGCAGGGACGAGGGUAGUGCGGUCCGUGUACCUGCCGGUCGACAAGGGCGUCGAGGUCCUCCACGUCGGCGUAGGCAAGGGGCCGAGCCUGCAGUUCCGGCGCAGCCGGAGCGCGUCAAGCCGUUGGAUCCGGCACGUCGACCAGGAAACCGGCGAGGAGCACCUCUUCCGCCGGCAGUAAUUCAAGCGCUAGCUUCCCCGUACAUACACAUGCCGGCCGUCCAGGGGAAUCAGCUAGGUGGCCAUGUUGUCCGGGUUCUUUGAAUCUGCCGGCCGGCACGCUUAGGGCUUGUUCGUUUAAUCCUUUUCAUAAAGGGAUUGAAAAGGUUUAGAGAGGAUUGAGAAAGAAUUUGACUUAAAGGGUAUUUAAUCCUCACAAUUCCUCUUAAUCCUCUUCAAACCCUGUGCAACCGAACAAGGCCUUAAGAUGCAGGGAGGAAAUUGUGGUGAAUCAUGGUGUAAAUAAAUAAAUAUCCCGCUGACUGGCUAGCUUCAUUGUGAAUUUGAGUUGCUUUGAUAUGAUACUGAGUCAUCCAUGUGGAUGGUCUCUAGCUAGU